AUGGCCAGUUCUACGACCAGCAAUGUUUAUGCCCACGUCAUUGAGGACGUCAUCAACAAGUGCCGCGAUGAGUUCAUCGACAAUGGUGGUACUGGCGACAACGUUCUCAAUGAACUCCAAGCAUUAUGGGAGUCGAAGAUGAUACAAGCAGGGGCAAUUUUGGGCCCCAUAGACAGGUCUGCAACCCAGAAGCCCUCACAUGGGGGUCCCAUUCCUCCUAACCCUGUGCAUGACCUCAACGUGCCCUAUGAAGGCACAGAGGAGUACGAAACUCCCACUGCUGAUUUACUUUUUCCUCCGACGCCAUUACAGACGCCAUUGCCAGGGACAGCACAGACUCCGUUACCUGGAACUGCCCAGACUCCGUUGCCUGGAACAGCCCAGACUCCUUUUACUGGAAUGUCCGACAGCAGCUCGUUGUAUAACAUUCAUACUGGUGGAACCCCAAUAACCCCAAAUGAGUAUUCAUCUGUAAAUCACACUAGUGGGGUUCCCGACAUGAGAGCUGGAUCUGCAAGACCCAGCCCAUAUAUGGAACCUUCGCCUUGGUUGAAUCAAAAGCCUCCUCUUGAUGUGAAUGUCGCUUAUGUGGAAGGCCGGGAAGAGGGUGAGAGGAGAGCCACUCAUCUUCCUUCGACACAGGAUUUCUUCACAAUGCCUUCCGGAAAGCGAAAGCGGGAAGACUUUCCUUCACAACAGAACCCUGGUGGAUACAUCCCACAGCAAGAUGGAGCUGGAGAUAUAUCGGAUGAUAUGAAGUUAGAUCAAGGGAGCAGCAGGCAGCAUGUUUUGGUAAAUGCUAACCAAAAGAUGGUUGCUCAAAGGGAAGGGUUGUCUUCUAGGAUUCCUCAGUUGGAUGGUCCCAUACCCGAUCCAUACGAUGACAUACUUUCUACACCCAAUAUAUACAAUUUUCAAGGUGUUGCCAAUGAAGACUACAACAUAGUGAACACGCCCGCGCCACAUGAGAUGCAAGCACCAACUCCUGCUCCUGCUCCCCAGAAUGACAUUGCAGAUGAUGACGAAGACGAACCUUUGAAUGAAGAUGACGAUGACGAUGAUUUGGAUGACGUGGACCAAGGGGCAGAUCUGAACACAACACAUUUGGUUCUGGCACAAUUUGACAAGGUAACACGUACCAAGAGCAGGUGGAAAUGCACUCUGAAGGAUGGCAUUAUGCACAUAAACAACAAAGACAUUCUGUUCAACAAGGCAUCAGGAGAGUUCGAGUUUUGA